GCCCUAGAUUGUAUUGUACUUUUUCACUUGGUAUUACCCAUCUUUUCUGUUCCACUCACCGGCCAUGGAGUCCGAGACUCUGCAACGACGCCGUUCAAGCAGUGCCACCUGCAACAAUGCGCCUAUCAGAGAGAAGAGGCCGAAACGCAGCGAGGUACUUGCCAAGAAGAAAACAGUUGAAGAACUCAUCAAAACAGCGCGUGCUCAAAAAGACCACCUCGCUCCUUUUCCUGCGUUUGGCCAUUUCCACGCAAAGGGUCUCUCUUUGUGUUUGAAGUCAGGACAUGGCAAUAAACUUUCCUCGACUGUUAAGACUUAUAUUCAAAGUCUUCUUAAGCUAAACAUGGAAGGACCAUAUGGAUCUGAGUGGCCAGAGGAGGAAAAGGUGAAGCGCAGAGAAAUGGUUGAUCAUGAAGCACAUUAUGUAUUUGUGCAUGAGGUUGCCAAUUCAAAUGCUGAUGGGAUGACAACAAUGCUUACUGCAGCAGAUUCUUCAACUUGCUGUCUGAAAAAUAGUGGCCCCUUGGUUGGAUUUGUACAGUUCCGCUUUGUGUUAGAAGAAGAGAUACCAGUGCUGUAUGUGUAUGAAUUACAGCUUGAGCCUCGUGUUCAGGGGAAGGGAUUGGGGAAGUUUUUAAUGCAACUUCUAGAGUUUAUGGCGCAAAAGAACUGUAUGGGUGCUGUCAUGCUGACUGUUCAAAAGGCAAAUGUAUUAGCCGUGGAUUUCUAUAUAAAUAAGCUUAGAUACAUCAUAUCAGCUACUUCACCUUCAAAAGUCAACCCAAUGAUGAAAAAGAGUUAUGAAAUUCUUUGCAAAGUAUUUAAUGAUGAAGCCAAAACUAUUUUUGGAGAUAGAGAAGAUGAAUAGGUGCGCAGUUAGAGAAGGAUGGCUCAAGUUGUUAGUCCCAUUCUCUUUACUGUACCAAUUGAGUGGCCUUCUUUAUUGGGUUCUUUUUUUUUUGUCUUUCUUCUUCUCUUGUCUGUCCAUGUAGAAGAAUUUUCUUUUGCCACAUUGUACUCACCAACACCUCCAAAUUUAGAAAAAUAAAUUACUCAGGAAGGGUGGGUUUCUACAAAAAGGAAAAUAAGAAGCUAAUAGGAAGCAAACAUUUGAACACCAACAUUUGAAAAGUUACCAGGAAACAAACUUCAAUAAUUAUUUGUGCAUAUUUUUCAUAAUAAGCUAAUUUUAGUCCAUGAAAAAGAAAAUCAUGAUACUUUCUUUUAUUAAAAGUAGUUUUAGAUAAAUUUAUCCUGUUGGACUCAUUUGAGCCUGACUUAUCCAUGCCCAAAUGUUGAUGAAACACAAACCUUUAUCAUUCAAAGUAUGGCAGAAAUUAAGCCAAAGUGAGGACGUGUGCAGACAACAAUUUUAUUGGUAAAUAAUAGCCAAAUGGUGUAUGACAGGGCUGCUUGUUAUGUUCGAGGGAAAAACAUGAUUCUGUAGGAUAAUGUUCUUUUUAUCUUAGCGCCUUUUUCUAGUACUUUUAGUUGUAUGUGGCAGAUUAUAUAAUGGGAAUGUAACGACAGAAUCCAUUCAUCACGAAUGUCAGGCACUUUGCUUCUGCUUUGUGCAUUUAACAUUUCAUCGCAAAUAUCAGCUCUUUAAACACUGUAAUAGAUAAUUUAGGAGCCCUUUAAUGUGCCAGACCUUUUCAUGCGAGCUAAGAUGCAUUGUAUAUUUGAUGCCCCACUUUUCACAUCGAAACGUUAUCCAAUGUUCUGCUGCAUCUUUUCAGUUAGGACAACCUUAUCUCGUAUGUAUUCAUGGAUCAUACUC